GUAAAGCAGCGGAGUCAGUCCACCCUUCUGUUGGACCGCAGCGCCCCCCUCAGUGCCGGUGGCGGUGGUGUCAAUAAUGCCUCCUCUCCGUGCAGUCGGAAAUUAAGGCUAACCUGGUUUUUAGCAGUAAAACAUGCGAACAGUAUAGUUUCCAAACGAUUUUUUAAUUCGUAAUAGGGCGUUUUUGGCUGAGGAGAUCCAGCAUCCAAUAUCCAGUUUAAAACUCAUUCCGAUCCUCGUCGAGCAAUCUCUUGUGAUAUUUGUGAACCGGCGAUAGCGAUGGCAUCCUCCAAAUGCAAGGGUUUCCUCAGGAAAAAGCGCAAGUCAGAGCUUGAUAUGGUUGUCCGCAGCCUGAGGAAGGAGAAUGCCUAUCUGAAGAAGACCCUGUCUGAUUUGUCUCGUCAGCAUUCAGAACAUUACAAGCUAGUAGAGAGAUUUCUCUCCCUUGAAAGUGUAAGGCUGGAGAGUCCUCAGCAGCUGGUGGCCAAAGACGAGAAGACUGCUUUGCCAUCGGAGCAGCUGAGUAAGAAAGGAGGGAACCCAAAGGACGUAGUGAGAAUAUCUGGUUACGCCACAGAGACUGAAGAAAUCAAGAACAAGCUUGUGAGCAUCUCAACUAGGUGUCAGUUUCUCGAGAGCAAAGUUACAGGGAAGAAGGACUCAGAGUCAGCUGAACAGGCCUCAAACACCAAAAUAACAGAGCUCCAAAAUCACCUCAGAGAUGCCUUGGAGAAGAACAAGCAGUGGCUGGAAUAUGACCAGCAGAGAGAGGCCUAUGUGAGGGCAAUUAUGGCCAGAAUGUUAUGGCUGGAGAAGCAGCUGAACGAAGCCAAUCAGGCCCGCUCACAGCAGCACAAUGAAGACCAUUCAGACGAGAAGGGGCGAAUACGCCAAAUGCAGGAGCACUAUGAAAGACUCUUACAGAAAGCCAAAGACAAGCUGAAGGUGCUCAAGGAGCAGGUCGACAUCACCCAGCAGAAUCUGAUAAUAACCCAAAACUGGUACAAGGGAAGGGAGAUGGAGGUGGAGGAGCUCAAGCAGCAGCUGCAGACUGAACAAAUAAGCAGAAAAAGUGCAACAGAAGAUCAUCAUUGCUCUGAGGAUGAAGAGCAACAGCUGAGAGAUGAGAUCAAAGAGCUCCAGUGCAGACUGGAUGAGGAGAAGCGUAGGUCAGCCAGCUUUGAGCUGCAGGCGAAUCUCGCUCAGAAGUUUAUGUUAAAUCGUCAUUAUGCAGACCAGGAAAAGAUUGCAGACCUGGAGCGACAGAUCAAGAUUUCUUCACAAGACCUUGCGGAUGAGAUGCAGGAUUGUUCGUAUUUAAAGAAGCAAAUGGUACGAGUUCUGAAGAUGCUGCAAAAAACUAAAGACCAUUUGACAAAACAAUCAAAGAGAGACCAGCAGGAUUGCAACUCAAGUGAAGCAACACACCCACCCUCCCAGCUCUCCAGAGACAGCCUGAUGUCCUCCACUCACAGCAGCUUGCUGAAUGAAAGCUUCCUGGAGUGUCCCAGCUGCCAGGCCGAGUACCCCGCCAGUCAGUACCGAGAACUGAUGAACCACCUGGAAAUCUGUCUCGACUGAGCUGAGCUUCGAACCUAUUUAGUUCUGUGAUAUGGAUUGAUUUUGAUCCGUUCUGUUUAACCAGAGGUAAAAGUUAUCUUAAUAAACUACAUCGUUCAGUUGCU